UGUUCUCAUCCCAUCUCCGUUCUCUAUACCAUUGGAUAUCCAUUCUCAUCUCCACUGUUUAUUAUCAUGAAUCCACGCCCAUGCCACUGCCAUGCAGUGCGGUCUCCUCCGAUUUUGUGAGUAUCGUAGGGUAAGGGUCCAGGCGCCGCCGGCCGAUUUGCAUCCCCGUUUUAAGCAUAUGCGAGACCAAUACGAUUGAGCAUAGCAAAGCGGGCAAUGCAAUGCAAUGCAGGGCUACCGACUUGUCUUAUCCUCGAGAGCUCUAAUUGAUGCCGAGCUCUUCUCUCCGCCUUUCAAUUCAUUCAAUCCUAUACUGAACCUUUCUUAUUUUGUUCUUCAACCUCUUUCUAGGUUAUACCUACGAUUGUACUCCGCUCGCCCACUUGGAAAUAUCUGAACUUUACUUCAACCCCGCCAUCACCGCUGACUUCUUACACCACCUCGAACACUAACAACAGCUAACAUGGCGGACAAGACUCAAGAUACUCACACGACACCCGUCGGUCCCUCAUACCGCACUCACCAGCAGAAGCCCAGUGCCACCGUCUCUGUCGACGUCAAGCUAGACAAUGUCCAUGUUCUGUCGCAGACCCCUCAGCUCAUUGCCCUACUGUCGAAAAUUCGUAGCAAGGAGACCGAGAGAGCAGACUUCAUCUUUUACUCCAACCGAAUCAUUCGAUUGCUAGUUGAGGAGGGUCUCAACCACUUGCCUGUCAUUGAGCACACUGUCACUACACCCAUUGGCCGAAAUUACAAUGGUCUCAUGUUCCAGGGCAAGAUCUGCGGAGUGUCCAUCAUGAGAGCUGGUGAGGCUAUGGAACAGGGUCUCCGCGACUGCUGCCGCUCUGUUCGUAUUGGAAAGAUCUUGAUCCAGCGUGAUGAGGAGACGGCCCAGCCCAAGCUGUUCUACGAUAAGCUGCCCGAGGAUAUUGCUGACCGAUGGGUGCUUCUUCUGGAUCCCAUGUUUGCUACUGGUGGCUCUGCUACCAUGGCGGUUCAAGUCCUCAAGGCCAGGGGCGUUCCCGAAGAACACAUCCUCUUCCUCAACUUGAUUGCAAGCCCUGAGGGUGUCAAGAACUUCUCUGCCAAGUUCCCCCGCUUGAGGGUCGUGACGGCUUUCAUCGAUGAGGGUCUCGACGAGAAGAAGUAUGGAUGCUCAACCCGAAUGACACAUGAUGUGCUGACCAACCAACAGUUAUAUCGUUCCUGGCCUGGGAGACUUUGGAGACAGAUUUUACACCAUCUGAGGAAGGAAUCAUCGCAAAGGUUAUAUAUCCUGAGUCGAAGGCGCAUAGAAAGGGGUUGUCGAGUCAUGGGUGUAACAAGUCUUGGUAUUGAUACAAGGCGCAUAAAAGAAACGAUUAAUAGUCAUCCUCUCCGUAGUGCUCGUCGUCGUCUUCAUCGACCGCCGUUCGGUUACCUCGUCCAGCUCCUGCUCGAGAUGUGCCAGUGUAGCCAGGCUCCGCGUUGUCCUCCUUGGCGACGGCAUCUACAAGUUGUUAGAGAUUGUCGAUAGAGUCGUAGAAGGGAUAUUGGAGACUGACCUGCUGCGUCAACCCAUUCACCGUAAACGUCAACCGCCGCAGACAGAUCUGUCGCAAAGUUAGCACCCGAUGCGCCGGAGGCAAAGGAGAGUCCGUGGAAGCCGUACAGUUGACCGCGCAUUGGAACUUUUGUCCGCAGACACGGCAGUCGAGUUGUCCGACACCAGCCUUCUUGUCGAGCUUGACCGAAACCGAGUUUUCGUGGUUGCAGAAGAGGCA